AUGGCGCCCUCCUCGAAAGCCGUCGUUUUUGCGAGGCAGAUGGCGAAGAAGAUUCGUGUUACGACGCCGUCGUUGUCCGGAACGCGAUUCGUCUCAACCGGGGACAAUAGUCAACAAGAGCAGCAGCAGAACCCUCCAGAGCCUUUACCCAACAGACCCUUGCGAGGGGAGAGAUCUUCCAGAGAAGCCCUCAGCCUUGAUAGCACUCUGUCUGACCAUGGCUUCCUCGAACAGUUCAAGCUUGGAGUCCAUGAGGAUCCACAGGAACAAAAAUCCCAACCCCAAGAGGAAACAAGCCAGCCCUUACAGGAGCCGCCUGAGGACUCCGAUGAGAUCUUCGGUAAGAUGAAGGAAGGCGGUCUCAUUCCUAACGCGGUCGCGAUGCUUGACGGCCUCUGCAAAGAUGGGCUUGUACAGGAUGCCAUGAAGCUCUUCGGGCUGAUGCGUGACAAGGGUACAAUCCCUGAGGUCGUUAUCUACACUGCUGUCGUUGAGGGCUUUUGCAAGGCUCACAAAAUUGAAGACGCCAAGAGGAUUUUCGGGAAAAUGCAGACCAAUGGGAUUUCACCAAAUGCCUUCAGCUACGGCGUCUUUGUUCAGGGAUUGUACAACUGCAACAUGCUAGACGAUGCUCUUCAUGUCUGUGGUGAGAUGCUCGAGUCUGGUCACUCUCCCAACAUCCCCACCUUCGUUGGACUGGUUGAUGCCUUGUGCAGAGAACAGGGCGUCGAACAAGCCCAGUCCGCUAUCCAUAGCUUAAACCAAAAAGGAUUCGCUGUUAAUCUAAAGGCUGUCAAGGAGUUCAUGGACAAAAAGGCCCCCUUUCCGUCUUUGGCUUGGGAAGCCAUAUUCAACAAGAAACCAACCGAGAAACCCUUCUGA